ACACAGUGGCUGGUGGCUGGAAGACGAUGUUGUCGUAGCGUUGAAGAUAAUUAAUUCAAUUGUAAUUAUUAAAUAGCAAUAAUGUCUGUAGUGAUGUAUUUGAGAGAGUUUGUCACCGAGCGACUAACUGCUGCUGCUGAGGAAAUAUUCGGAGUUUUAAACAAAACUAUUGUCGAGUACGAGGAAGAGAUCGAUCGUCAGCGCAGAUUGUUGGAUGUGGUUUUGAAACCUGAAGUGAAGUUACACAGGAUAGAGCUCUCACAACAACCUGUCUGUAAGGAGGAGGAGGUUCUUGCUGACCAGCAGCAGCUCUGUGUUCAGGAGAGGAACUCCGGUCUGGACCAAGAGGACCCAGAGCCUCCACAGAUUACACAGCAACUGGAUGAACUCUGCACCAGUGAUGAGGGAGAGAAGCUUGCACUGAAGCAGGAGACGGAUGUCUUUAUGUUCAGUCCUACUUAUGAGGAAAGUGACUACGGUGAAGAUCAGACUCUGAACUUUAGUCAAAGUCAAAGUGUGACGAGGGAAAAGCCUUUAGGAAACAUCUCAGUUACAAGCUCUGGGGUAUUGGCACCAAAUGGUGACCAGCAGCUCCUCUCUCUCAACUCUCAUGAAGCUGAGAGCCAAGAUCAGGAAGGAGGCAAGAAUGAGCCUGAACAACAGAAUCACAAAAACAACCGUCACUUAAACAAUGCAUCUAAUCCUACGACAACAUUGAGUCACUGUCAUACUCAGGCAUUCAAAUGUGACACGUGUGAGAAAGCUUUUAAGUGCAAGUCAUAUUUGCUGAGACACCUGCUCGUACAUAAAUGUACGAAGCCGCAUACUUGUGAAACGUGUGGGAAAAGUUUCCAAUUUAACAGUUACUUAAAAGCUCACAUGAGAAUUCACACAGGUGAGAAGCCAUUUACCUGCCAAACAUGUGGGAAGGAUUUCAGACAAAGCAGUACCAUGAAAGGCCACAUGAGGAUACACACAGGUGAUAAGCCUUGUCUUUGCAAGGUUUGUGGGAACAGAUUCUGUGACAAUUCAGCAUUGAAAAGCCAUAUUAGAAUCCACACAGGUGAGAGACCAUAUACUUGCCAAACAUGUGGGAAAGAUUUCAAAUGUAGGGGUAACUUGAAAAGACAUAUGAGGCAGCACACAGGUGAAAAGCUGUAUCAGUGCAGCCAUUUACUUGGACAUCAUGUGGAAGAAAUUUCAGAAUAAGUAGUGGCUUGUUGGUUUAUAUGUGAAGAGCCAACACUGUUGAGGAAUCACCAUGAAACUUGCACACAUGUUAGAGGUCAUGAGAUAUCACCUAAAAUGUAGAGCCAAAACCACGGAAAAGACAUUGCAAAAGCUAAAGUUAGUGUUACAAUGCAUACAUGGUGACCAUACCUGUGGGAAAAGAUUAAAUGUAACAUUCAUAUGAAAAGUCAAAUUUAUGCAAAACACGGUCAAGAUUUUCGAUGUAAAGGUGAGUUGAAAGUCUGCAUGAAACCACACAUUAGAAGCAGUUUACUUGCAAAACAUUUGGAAGAGCUUUCAGACUUAGUGGUCCCCAUGAUAAGAACCUACAAUGGUAAGAAGCCAAACCGUAGCAAGGAUGAGAUACUUUUAUGGGUAUUAUUUAGUGAGGUGUGCAAGAUCAGGGCCUUGUAGCAUUGUAUUUACAAACAAUGUGGGACACGAUAUAGUUCUAGUUGUUAGUUGUGAAAACACAAGAAACCAGAGUUGAAACUCUUGGAGACGUGGUCACUAACUAAAUGAAAUACACUUUUGCAGUAGCUACAUUUCUAACUGAAUGUAAAAGGUUGUACAUAAAGGUGAGAUGUUGAUGUCUUAAUGAACAUGACUUUUUGCAGACAGUAUUUGUUUUACAAUUGUAAUCUUCAAAAUGAUUAGAACAUGUUCCGGGGAGUGCACGGUAGUGACUGUUCAAGUAAUGUGAUCAUGAUGGUGGUUGGUUUUGCCAAAUGUUCAUUUACAAAGUCGGAAUCAUUGAUUUAAGUUUAACUAAAACUUUAUGAUGUUGUAUCUGGUAUCACAUUUUGUGUUUUGGUUUAGGAGAUUGAUACAUAAUUUGGUUGGAGUGGGAAGAAAAAUGGCCAGCAUGGCCAUCACCUGGAAUAUAACCCUAUAACCAUCUACUGAAUAGAGACCUCAUCAGUUGUAAUAGGUCUAUAUUGACAAUGGGCUGAGAUGUGAUAUAAUAUAUAUGAUAUGUGUCAUAUGAUAUAUUCAAUAACAGAAUCCAAUGCAAAGUUCUUAAUAUUAUAAUAGACACAAACUGCACAAAGUUUAGUCAGUUCUGAUAAGAAAUGCUUUCAUUGCUGUUAUUAAUGUAAUAUAUAAUUUUACUGCUCAUGCUCUUGUUGUUUAAACUCACACUCACGCUAAUUGCAACCGCGGUGGAGCUUGUUUAUUAAUUAACAUUAGCUUUUUUUCUUCUGGAGAUAGCAUUCACACUUCAAAAACCAUACAUCUUGUGUUCAUUUGUGAAGAUUAUCUUCCAGAAAAAAAACCUGUACGUAUCAUAAACUUGUGUUGCCACAGAGAUUUUUUGCAAUGCUAACUUAAAUACUUUUUCCAUGCACCACUUUUUUGCAGCAUUAUAUGUCGAAGGUCAAAUGUGGCUGUCCUCAGAGUCAAUAAACUGACUGGUAGAUGCUUAUAGACUAAGUUUUAUACUGAUAGAUGACUUCAUAAUAUUCUGGUAGUUUGCCCUCUUUAAUACUGGGUUUAAAUCUAAACUGGCGAAAAUAUAUGGGAAAAUGUUAUCGAUCAAGGAAUGAAAAAGUGAGCAUAAAGAAAGAUACCAUUGCUGCAAUGCAAUCAUGCAUUUUGCAGCACUAGGAAAAGUGCCCCAUCAAAUUAGCGCAAAUGACACAUUUUGGGUAGUCCGGCUCAUGGACCAGAUAUCAUACAACACGGGUAAAUAAAAUAGAAAGACAAUUAGUGUACAUUUGUACCAGUCAUUUGAUAUUUUUAAACAAUUCUGUGUAUUUUUUACUGAUCUUCAUAGGUAGGAGAAGUAGUAAUAAUUUUAUUGACGUCUGCAUAUUCCGACAGGACUUGAAGGCAGCACAAACUCCUCCUCCGGUCGUCCGAGCGGGAAGUUCAGAGAUUCGUCGGUUGAAGACAUUCAGGUUUAAAAUGUAGCAAACGAGCCGGUUUUUAACACAAUAAUCACCUUUAAGGGCUUUUAACUGUGACGACAGGAGAUCUCUGCAGUCAUGUCCAAAAACGCCGAGGAGAGGAGCGCCGCUGCACCGACGCGCUUCGGACAAUGUACCUACACAGCAGAGGAGCACGAGGCGGUGCACCGAGCUCUGCGACAGAAGCUGGGGCCAGAGUACAUCAGUACCAGAAUGGCUGGAGGAGGACAGAAGGUUUGCUAUGUUGAAGGGCAUCGUGUAAUUGGCCUGGCCAAUGAGAUGUUUGGAUACAAUGGAUGGUCUCACUCCAUCUCUCAGCAGAAUGUUGACUUUAUAGACAUCAUCAACGGGAAGUUUUAUGUCGGUGUCAGUGCGUUUAUCAAAGUGCAGCUGAAGGACGGGGCGUUCCAUGAGGAUGUAGGUUAUGGUGUCAGUGAAGGACUGAGGUCUAAAGCUCUGUCGCUGGAAAAGGCGAGAAAGGAAGCGGUCACGGAUGGCAUGAAGAGAGCGCUGAAAUGCUUCGGUAAUGCUCUUGGAAACUGCAUCCUGAAUAAAGAAUACCUCAUAGCCAUUAACAAGAUCCCCAAACAGCCUCCUCCUCCCCUAGACCCGGCCCAGACUAAGCGAUCUGAGGGCGAGCCCUUAGUGGAGAAGGCCCGGUACGCCAGUCUGGUCCGAGAAGAAAAGCUUGGAUCUGCUGUGGGUCCUGGCAGGACGCCACUGGAGCCCAGAGUCCUCAACCACAACCACAACUAUUCAGAGGUUCACACUCCUAAUGCUGCUGGCCCUGCUGACAGGAAGAGGGACCACAUUGACUCCGGACCUGUCAUGGACUCUGUGAACGAUGGGGAGUCAUCGCACACAGACCCCAAACAGCUGAGAAAGCUCCGACAGCAGCAGCUUCAACAGAAGUUCAGGAAAGAGAUGGAGACCAGGAUACCUCAGCAGAAACCGGAUCAAGCCAAGUCUGAGCACACAGAGGUCACUAUUGGACGAGUAGCUCGUGGAGGUCUCGAAGAUGUACCUGCGCCCAGUGAAAGCACCUCUGCUGGACACAGACAGCCCAGCUGCAGGGAUGAGCAUUUAGCAGAUGAUCCUGAGCUCUGGGAUUUCACUCUGGAUGGGGUUGAUUUACUGGAUGGCCCUAACUCCAUAGCGCUCGUACCGAGCACACCUGGGAAUCACACGAUGCAGACGCGCAGUAAGACCCCUCUGAGAGAUCCAGGCAGACCUCCAGAUGAGGCCCCUUCGUACAGAGGAGGACAGGAACGGGUUCAAUACAGACCUCAACUUCCGAACCAGCAUCAGGCCAGACCAGGUGAAGUCGACAGUCCAUACAGACAAGGACAGUACAUGAAGAAACGCCGACUGGACUCGUGAGAUUUUAUGUUUCUGUUCCACAGCUUCCUUAACACUUUAUAAAAUAUAUUUUACUUUUGUGUUCUUUUUUUUAUAGUGCUUACAUGUAAGUUAUCUUUGCAAUCAAUUGUUGCUGAUUGAAGUUUUUGGAGAAAUGUUUCUGGUUUUGUAAAAAAAAUAAAAACAUAACUAGUCA